GAGUUUCUAAAGUGAUUCUGGAAGCCGCUGGAUUGGCUGUUGCAUCAUCUGCUGCGGCACUGGGUACCCAGCCUCAUAAGGGAUACAUCUUCACUAGGUCUGGAGACCUCAGACAGUGUAAAUGGAUUGUCCAUGUGACAGGACCAAAACAACCAGCAUGCAUCAAGAAAAUUGUCCUUGAUGUCCUGCAGGCAUGUGAGAAGCAAAAGGUCUCUUCUGUCACCUUCCCCGCUCUGGGAACAGGUGCGGGGGGAUUAGCUGCCUCCACAGUGGCCGACGCAAUCCUCGAUGGUUUGGUGGAAUUCAUCAAAUCUAAAUCAGUCGGUUCGCUUCAGACGGUGAAAGUGGUUCUAUUCCAGCAACAUAUGCUGAAUGAUUUCUACAUGAGCAUGAAGAAGAGAGAGGGGACAGCCCUGCCCGAAGCCAAAUCCUUCCUCACUAGACUCACCAGUGAGUACAAUAUGGCUGACCCAGAGAGAACAAGAGAGGGGAAGAAACAUUUCUGUUAUAGGAGGUUCAGUAUCCUGGAAGAGAGAAUGUGA